CUUUUCCUUCUCGCAUUAUUAAGUUAACCACCACAUGAUCCACAAACCAAGCCACCCAAGCUCCUCAUGAGCCAUGACAUGCCAAAGCUCCUCCACCAACACGAACACCAUGUUAGCCCACAAGUUUCACCGUCUCCACCUCCGCAGCUCCCCCAAAUUCCGAUGUGUUUUGGACCAAAUUGCACCCAACUUAGCAGUCUCAUCGUCCCUCAGCUCCGUCUUCACCUCUGCCAACGUCAUCGCCGCUGCGGCGGCUGCCUCCGGCUCUGGCUCUCUCCACGGGGCCGUCACCUCCACCAUCACUCAGGUCGCCGUCACCGCCCUCGCCAUCGCCUCCGGAGCUUGUCUUUCCACUAAAGUCGAUUUCUUGUGGCCCAAAAUGGAAGCACAGCCAGGUUCUGCUGUAGUGGAGGGAGUAGACGUGACUGGAUAUCCCAUAUUUAAUGAUCCAAAGGUGCAAAAGGCUAUUGCAUUUGCUAAGAAAGCUCACCACGGUCAGCUACGCAGAACAGGGGACCCUUAUUUAGUCCACUGUAUCCAUACAGGAAGAAUCCUAGCCAUGCUGGUUCCCUCAAGUGGCCAACGAGCUGUUGAGACAGUUGUGGCCGGGAUUCUCCAUGAUGUGGUUGACGAUACGUGUGAAAGUUUCCCCCACAUAGAAGAGGAGUUUGGUGAUGAUGUAGCUAGGCUGGUUGCUGGUGUUUCCAGGUUAAGUUACAUAAAUCAGCUUUUACGGAGACACCGCAGGAUAAAUUUGAACCAGGGCAGGCUUGGUCAUGAGGAGGCAAAUAAUUUACGAGUCAUGCUCUUGGGCAUGGUUGAUGAUCCACGUGUAGUGCUUAUAAAGCUUGCAGAUCGCCUUCACAAUAUGAGAACAAUUUAUGCUCUCCCACUGACAAAGGCUCAAGCUGUUGCAAAAGAGACCUUGGUAAUUUGGUGCUCACUAGCUUCUAGAUUGGGUUUGUGGGCAAUGAAAGCUGAACUGGAAGAUCUGUGCUUUGCUGUUCUUCAGCCUCAAAUGUUUAAGAAAAUGAGAGCUGAUCUAGCGUUGAUGUGGAGCCAUAGCAGCAAAGUAGGAAAUUCAAAAAGAAUAUCCAGCUCGCUGCCCUUAAAUGAAAAAAGCUCAAUUUCUGACAAUGAAGGGUCCAUGGCAGUUGAUGAAGAUGUCACAACCAUGAAGGAUCUUUUGGAAGCUGUAGUGCCAUUUGAUGUAUUGUUAGAUCGGACUAAACGAUCUAAAUUUCUCAAUACUCUAGGACAAGGUUUGGAGCCUCACACAAGACCAAAGGUUGUGCAACAUGCUGGAAUUGCUUUAGCAUCUUUGGUAAUUUGUGAGGAGGCACUUGAGCAGGAGUUGAUCAUAUCAACUUCUUAUGUUCCAGGAAUGGAAGUAACUUUAUCCAGCCGUCUAAAAAGUUUGUAUAGCAUCUACACCAAGAUGAAGCGGAAAGAUGUCAGCAUCAAUAAAGUUUAUGAUGCCCGUGCAUUAAGGGUAGUUGUUGGAGACAAGAAAGGAACUUUGCAUGGACCUGCCGUCCAGUGUUGCUACAAUCUUCUUGACAUUGUACACAAACAUUGGACCCCGAUUGAUGGUGAGUUUGAUGAUUACAUUAUCAAUCCAAAGCCUAGCGGCUAUCAGUCUCUGCACACUGCAGUACAAGGUCCUGACAGAUCACCUUUGGAAGUUCAAAUACGAACACAGAGGAUGCACGAGUAUGCUGAACAUGGACUUGCAGCACAUUGGCUUUAUAAAGAAACUGGAAACAAAUUGUCUAACAUAAGUAGCACAGAUGAAUCUGAAAUAGAUGCGUCAUCCUUUUUCUCCACAAAUAUGGAGGACCAAAAUUCUACAGAAGAUGAUUUGUUUCAGAAGUAUAGUUUGUUGAAAAUUGGGCAUCCGGUCCUUAGAGUGCAAGGAAGUCAUCUUCUUGCUGCUGUUAUCAUUAGAGUAGACAAAGAUGGAAGGGAAUUGCUCGUUGCAGUGAGCUUUGGACUGGCAGCUUCUGAAGCAGUAGCUGAUAGAAAAUCUCCUUUCCAAAUAAAACGGUGGGAAGCCUAUGCGAGGCUGUACAAGAAGGUGACUGAUGAGUGGUGGUGUGAACCAGGACACGGGGAUUGGUGCACUUGCCUAGAGAAAUAUGCACUCUGUCGAGAUGGUAUGUACCACAAGCAAGACCAGUUUGGGCGAUUGUUGCCAACCUUCAUUCAGGUCAUUGAUUUGACGGAUCAAGAAGAAUCUGAAUAUUGGGCGGUUGUUUCUGCUGUUUUUGAUGGAAGACAGCUUGAUGAUAUUACGUCGACACCAAGGUUUACCUCAGCUGCAUCAACUUCCAUGGAAACUAGCAUCAAUAACAAGGUGCGGUUGUUAAGGACAAUGCUACGGUGGGAAGAGCAGCUACGCUCAGAAGCAAGUCUUGGACAAGCAAAGCAAAGUGAAAAGUUUCAGGGCAGUCCUGGUUCUGUCGACCUUGGGGAAGUGGUGAUUAUAUGUUUGCCCAAUGGUGACAUCAUGAGGUUGAGAACUGGCAGCACAGCUGCAGAUGCUGCUAGAAGAGUAGGACUGGAGGGAAAACUGGUCUGGGUUAAUGGUCAACUGGUCUUACCCAAUACCAAGCUCACAGAUGGUGACGUGGUUGAAGUUAGAGCAUAACAAGAAAUUUGGAAAGAGGGAAGAAAGAAACUGUUAUUUGAGUGGGGCCAAACAAUUUUAAUUUUUUGGUCUGCUAUUGAUUUCUUCAAGGAUGAAAUGGAAUAGCUAUUUACUGUACAUAUGACAAAUUUUACACCCAAAAAAGAAAGUAAAAAUCUGGCUACGAGACAACGUACUUGUUUAA